AUGUUACUUCCACCCCUCCUUCUGUCAGCCCUCGCCCUCCUCCUGCAUUCAACCUCCGCCCAGUUUCCACCCGAGCUCUUCUCGCCCUUGAUCCCCUCGAAGAUCCUCGCGACGACCAAUGCCUUGCCCAACCCCAUUCAGUACCCACAGUACACCGACGCGCGUAACCCUGGCAGAUGGCUCUAUUUCUCGCCAAACACUUGGACCUCUGGCUUCUUCCCUGUCACGCUCUACGAGCUCAACACGCGUAGGCAGCGGUGCGGGGUGACGCAGGCGAACGGCUUAGGAGCCGCUGACUGGCUUGCCCUUGGACGAGCUGCGAGCAAUGGGUUGUUGAACCUCAAUGCAGACAGUGGGAUUGGCCACGAUGUGGGGUUCAUUAGCUUCCCAUUCGUCGAAGAGCUGGCAAUAAAUCCGCGGAACCAAACGGCGAUCGACGCCAUCAACCGCUUUGCAAGGCAGCUCGCUGCGCGGUUCAACCCCACGGUUGGGUGUACGAAAAGCUGGGACUCGUCCAAUCCGACCAACUUUCAGGUGAUCAUUGACAAUAUGAUGAACCUCGAGGUACUCUUCCAUUCCGCAGACCUCACGAACAACGCGACUCUCCGUCAAAUCGCGACCACACACGCUGACACGACGAUAAGGAACCAUAUUCGCGCUGACGGGUCCACUUGGCAUGUUGUCGAGUAUAAUUCGAACACUGGUCAGGUCACGAGGAAGAGGACGGCGCAGGGUUACUCGGAUGGUAGCACCUGGUCGCGAGGACAAGCGUGGGGUAUUUUUGGGUUUGCUAACAUGUACCGAUUGACGAGGAACCCGAACUAUCUUUCGACUGCGCGGCGGAUGGCCACGUAUUUCUUGAACAACCUGCCUGCUGAUGGUGUCGUUCCUUGGGAUUUCAAUGCACCGCUCACACCGGCUCCACGUCCGGCGGACUCGUCUGCCGCUACCCUCGCCGUCAAUGCUCUCUUGUUGCUCUCCGAGCACGAAACCACGGAGGCAGCGAAGCAGCAGUGGAGAAGUGGGGCACUCAGGAUCCUGGAGAAGAUCACCGAUUUGGCGUGGAGCCCGUCCUGGCAGAGUCUCCUGUCAAAUGGGACUGUCAGUCUCCCAGCGAACAAUUUCUUGACUGGAACCGUUUAUGGUGACUAUUAUUUCAUUAGAGCAGGAAAUGAGCUUGUCAGGCUAGGGUUAACGUCGUGCAGGAGCAACCUAAGCCCGAGCCCGAACAACAAUGUUGCUCCUCAGCCGCAAACUUCGUCUGGUCGCCGAUCUGCCCGCGUUUUGCUCUGA